GUUUCUUUGAGACUUUCUAAAACAUAGUACCGCUCAUCACACUGAAUAAUGCCAUUUCCGCCAUCUCGACCCAUCAAGCGACUCUUGGUUUCAAACCGGUACGAUGAUUCGUGUUUUUCCACAUGCUUCGGCACAGACUAAUCAAUAGUUUACUAGGGGUGAAAUUGCUGUGCGAAUCCUUCAAGCAGCCCGGGAGCUUUCAUCAGAUAUUGAGAUAUUUGCUCUCUAUACGCCGAACGAUGCCUCUCACUGCACCCUGGGACGGCCCCAUCAUGCAAUCCCAGUUCCGUCAGCGGCCUCAUACAUGGAUAUCGAUUUUCUAGUCAGUUUAGCACGGACAUAUUCCAUCGACACAGUCCAUCCGGGAUAUGGCUUCCUCAGUGAAAGCGCGGACUUUGCAUGGCGGAUGUGGGAUGAAGCUCAAGUGGUGGUGAUCGGGCCUGGACGGGAGAUCUUAGCCCAAACAAGCGACAAGCUCCAGGCAAGACAACUAGCCAUGGAAUGCGGCGUGCCUGUUCUCAAGGCUAUUACUUCGCCAACAUCGAAUGUGAAUGAGAUUCAGGCUUUUGCAUCCGACGCGGGAUACCCCGUGAUGAUCAAGGCGGUUGAUGGCGGCGGCGGCAGAGGGAUUCGCCAAGUAAACAAUGAAAACGAAGUGGCCGAAGCUGUAAAUCGGGCUGUGAGAGAGUCGCCCUCGCAAGCUGUGUUUGUUGAGAAGGCUGCUGUCAAUGGAUAUCACCAUGUCGAGGUACAGAUCGUUGGUGACGGGACGGGGUCAGUCCAGCAUCUCUGGGAGAGAGAUUGCAGCGUCCAGCGACGGUUUCAGAAGCUCAUCGAGGUAGCCCCUGCAAAUAUCAGAAACCGCAAAUUACUCUGUGCAGUCAUCGAUUCGGCUCUUGGGAUCGCGAGACGGAUUCGUUAUCGUUCGCUAGGCACGUUCGAGUACCUCGUCAGCGAAGAACGGGAGGAGUUCUUCUUCCUAGAGAUCAAUCCCAGACUCCAGGUGGAACACACCGUAACCGAGUCAAUCUUAGGCGUGGACCUGGUCCAGAUGCAAUUGCUCCUGUCUCAGGGGGCUUCUCUUGAUGAUUUAGGGCUUGGAACACUUCCAGAUCCAGAAAUCCCCCCAAACUCACACUCCAUCCAGCUCAGGAUAUGUGCCGAGGACCCUCGGGAUAAUUUCGCUCUGAGUAUCGGUACAAUCAAGGACUUUACACUCCCCACCGGCCACGGAGUCAGAGUUGAUACUGGAAACCCUCUUGCUGUGGGGACGGAGUUCGACAACCUUCUCGCCAAGCUCAUCGUUACAGCCCCGACCUGGGAGGCAACCGUUCUGAAAGCACAACGUGCUCUUACUGACACGAAUAUAGGCGGUGUCAAGACCAACAUCUCCCUCCUGCGAGCUAUUGUCUUGCAUCCGGACUUUCUCGCGGGUAAAAUCGAUACCCGAUGGCUCGAAUCCAAUCUAGACCAGCUUAUCAGCCUUUCACAGUCGUUUUAUGCGCACGACUUGCCCCUUGCAGGUCCUCGCCGGGAAAGGGACUCUAUUCAACUAUCCACAGUCUCGUCCUCCUCUGCACUUCUCUUGCGUAAAGGCGACGCGUGGUCCAUCACUCUCAAACCACUCGACGACGGGCCUGUUCAAGAACAAAUACAACACCAUCUGCGGUUAAAGCGUGUUCUUCGCAACGGAUUCCCAACCUCCAUGGCUGCAGAGAUCGAAUACACCACGCCGAACGCUCCUCGGUCUGCGAUACCCUACAAGAUACAGCUGGAAGCCACGGCGGCGUCUGCCUCAAUAUCAAUGUCUUCUACCUAUCGCCGUGGAGACCCAGGUAACCCUAGACACAUCGUUCUGCCCUUGUCGGGGAAAUUGGUGGAACUGAAUGUUUCGCCUGGGGAGGACGUCGUAGAAGGUCAGGUCCUUGCCUUUGUAAAACAGAUGAAGAUGGAGCUGGAGGUUCGCAGUCCACGAUCAGGCCGCGUCAAAUGGGUACUGGAACCGGAUGAGACCGACGCAGACCUCGCAGAGGGCGUAUUGCUGGUAGAGCUUGACGAGAGGGGUGCUUCGAAUUCUGAUGGGGGGCAACUUGGGUUCAAAGGCAAACUGUGAGGGAUCUCACCACCGAGACAACAAGAGAUUGCUUUAAGACGCAGUAUGGUUUUGAUUCCAGUUCACUGCUCGCUCAUCGAAAAGAUUUCUUCGUUUCUUCCGAUACUCAACUCCAUCGAUUGGCCUAACACCAAAAAAAAAUAGAACGGCAGAGGCAAAAGAAACAAAAAAAGAAGUGGUGGUCCCAGUGGGGGUCGAACCCACGACUUUGGCGUUAUUAGCACCACACUCUAACCAACUGAGUUAUGG